AUGCUCCUGCUGCCCAGCACCGUGGGCCUGGCAGGUCUGAUCCUCUGGGCAGGCCAGAUGGUGGAUGCCUCGAUGAUACCCAAUGCCACUGUGACCCUGGCCCAGCUGGAGGGCAUAGCUGUGCGGCCUUUGAGUGGCCUAGGGGUGCCCCGGUCUCGCAGGAAGCGCCACCUCUCUGCGUUGGACAUCACGGCCUUAUUGGAUUAUCACAACCAGAUUCGGGCCAGCGUGCACCCACCUGCUGCUAACAUGGAGUACAUGGCAUGGGCAAGCUCUCUGCAUGGCGGCUGCUGGCCUUCAGAACAUCCCUGUGAGGCGAGUGCCGCUCUCCUCAUCCUUGUUUUAUCGAUGAGGAGCCCCAGGGAGGAAAGUGAAGUAAUCCACCCCAGUAACUUGCCGAGCAAGGUUGGUUACAGAGCGAUCUUUCCACCGUCCCUGAGCUUCUUCCUUGUUCCGGACCCCUCCAGGUACACCUCCGUAUUGGAUCUUGUGAAGAUGUGGGCCAAUGAGAGGCAGGAUUACUCAUUCCCAGCUCCGAGCGAUUGCAAUCCUCACUGUCCCUGGCACUGCAGAGGCCCUGUCUGCACCCACUACACCCAGAUGGUGUGGGCCUCCUCCAACCGGCUGGGCUGUGCCAUCCACACCUGCGACAGCAUCAACGUGUGGGGCAGCACCUGGUACCAAGCAAGCUACCUGGUAUGCAACUAUGCCUCGAAGGGCAACUGGUUGGGUCAGGCGCCCUACAAGAUGGGGAUACCUUGCUCCGCCUGUCCUCGCAGCUAUGAAGGCAGCAGCUGCUACAACAACAUGUGCUUCCACGGGCCCAACUCCAACCAGUUCCUGAGGUCUAAGCCCUCUCGGCGCUUUAGGGCACUUCCAGUCUGGCUCCUGGCUUUCUCUGUGAGGAAGGUGAACUCUUAUCCUAUUGAGGAUGAGAGUGGCAAAGGUUCAAGAGAAAAAAGAGCUGAGAUGAGAAGAAUCAAUAAGAUAACCGGGUGGUGGCAGCUGGCCUCGCUCACUGCCUUCCUGGUGGACUGGCUUCUGGUGGCGCCGCUGCUGCUGGCUGUGGGCUCCGGCUCCUCCAUGCCCCCCGGUGACCCGCUGGGCUGCUCCCUUGGCCAUGGUCAGCGUGAACGUGCCCCUCGGGGCCCCAGUCGAGGGUCCUUAUGGAAUCCCCACACUGGAAGUAGCCAACUGACCAUCGUCAGUGGAGGGAAGACCGGGGAAUCUGUGGAGGAACGAUGUGUCACUGUUGGAGGAAAACGGGCUGAUCUGUGUAGAGAUGGGGAGGAACCUCCAGGCCCGCAGUAG